AUGAUCUACUAUCUCCGAUUAAGUAAUAUUCAAAAAUAAUAUAAUGCUUGUUUAGAAAUGCAAAAAUAUUCUGAAGAAUCUUCGGUAAAUUAUAAAUUACAAGAAAUUGAAUGUUUAAUCUAAUUAGAUCAAUUUGAAUCUGCUCUAUAAAUUUUAGAAGAAUUAACUAAUCAAUAGUAUUUGUUAGAUGACAUAUAAUAUGUGAGAUUAGAAAUGUAUAGAAUCUAUUUAGAAAAAAGUUGGCUGGAAACAGCAGUUGAAAUUUAAAAAUACUACUUUAAAGUUUAAAUGUUAUUUUAACGAAAUAUGCUUAUUACAAAAAUAAAUUCUUAUUUUUCUUGGAUCUUUUACCAGUUCAAUUAUACAGCUGGCGAUAUUAAAAAUGAUGUUAAUUUUCCAGAACCUUUAGAAUUUUAUUAUAGAAAAAUUCUUUAAUACUUUGGUAUUAAGACUAAUGAUCCUAAAGAAAUUAUUUAGCAAUUAGAGUAAGGAGGAGCAGAUAAAUAUGGAAUUAGGUAACUAUUAUUAAUUUUAAUGCAGACCAUCAGUUUAGCUAUAAAAAUUGAAGAAUAGUUUGAAGUAGAUGAAUUCUUUGAAUUAGCCAUCUAAUAUUUUCAAUAAAAUAACCUUAGUGGAAGUUGGGAUAUUUAUUAUUAUUAUUCAAUUAAGUGCCAAAAGAAAUUAUAAUACCAAAAGUCUUUAUUUAUGAUCCAUAAAGCUAUGGAAUUAGUAGAUAAGAAUAAUAAUCUUGAAUUGUUAUAAACAUUAUUUUAAUAGAUGUAUUGUGAAAUUAAACUUGAUUAAUGCUAGGAGUAUUAAAGUACCUUAACGAAUAUUUUAAUAAUAAUUAAAUAAGUAUAAUCAUCAAAAAGUAGAUUAUUAUUAAUUUAGAGAGUCUAAAGAUUACUUUAUAUAAUGUUUCUUAAAUAAUAAUAUUCAAAUCAAAUUUUUAUCAUAAUUUAAUAAUAUUUACAGUCUGAAACUGAUACAGAAAUUUUAUCUUUUUUAUAUAAAUUAGAAUGGGAAACAAUUUUAACUUAUCAACAUCCAUAAAGUCUUAAUUAUUUUUUCAAUAAUAAAAUGAUAAACAUCUAUUUAAAUUCCAAUAAUAAUGAUAUAGAUAUGUUAAAAUGUUUGUAAAAUAUAGCAGUUGUUUCAAGGUAAAUAAUUAAAUUUGAUUAAAAUAUUGAGAAUCAAAAAGUAGCAGUCAACUCUUCUUAAAGGUAUAUACAGAGUCUCAUUAUAUUUGAAGAUAUAUUCAACUAAAAUUAAACAAAAACAUUAGAUUUAGAAAAUGAAAUCUUGAGAUUAGCUAAUUUAAAUAAGUAAUUCAAAUAAGACCAAAAUUUUAAAUAAGUAAAAAAUAUGCUUAUAGAGUAUUUCUUUAAUAAUUAUAAAUAGCUUGUAUGA